GAGUAGUCAAACAGGGAAACUCCAAUCCAAGCUUAUCUUGUCUCAAAAUAUCUUUACACACAACACAACUCAAUUACCAUAACCUUAUCCAUUGGCCACACACACACUACUCUAAGGUCUCUCACCAUAGAUCUCCAUGAAAAUGCAAGCAACCCUCAACCUUCCACCAUCAUCACUACCAUUUGGCCUUACCAAACCCCCACUGCCCUUGCCCUUAUUGCCAUGGUUUCCUAAGCUACAAAAACCUUCCACUUUCAGGCCUCUCCAACUUCAACUCAAACCAUUCUCGGCAGCUGCAAACGAUACUCCCACCACAGUUGAUUACAGCUCUCUCACUUCUGUUUUUCCAGCUGAGGCUUGUGAGACAAUUGGAGGAGAAGCUUGUGAUGCUGAAAUGUAUCCUGAAGUGAAGCCACCACCUACAAAGACUGAUGCAACAUCUACAACCACUACUACUUUACAAUCCGUUGACAGGGAUUAUCUUCAGUAUGAUGAACCCAAGACGGUGUUCCCUGGGGAGGCUUGUGAUGAUCUUGGAGGAGAAUUCUGUGAGCCAGAUUACCAGACAGGAGUUUACUAAACCAUUUCUUUUUUCUUAUAUAUCUUAGUUUUUGGAUUUACCAGAUGAUGUUGAAUUUCUCUAUUUUAGUUAAUAUUUUGUAAUUAAAAGUGAAUAAAUAAUAAAAGGGGAUAUAUUUUAGUUAAA